GACCGGCCCAGGCUAAGCCCAUGUAAAGCCUCCCUAUCUUGGUCAUCGCCGGCGACACAGUGCGGAGUCAUCGGGCGCUGCCGGAGCAGACCGCCAACGCCCCUUCUUCUACGACCGCGCCGCCGCCCCUUCUUCUACAGCCGCGUCUACUCCACGCUUGGCCUUUGAUAAGCUGUGAUUUCCUAUAACACCAAGGCCGCCGUGUUCACAUUCCCUGCUAUGUCUGGGAUCCAAGGUUGGUCUGACCUCCCAGAAGGCUUGCUUCACUCCAUUGUUGCUCUCUUGGGAUCCUUCUUUGACCUUCUUGCCUUCGCUGCCACCUGCCCCUCUUGGCGUGCUGCCUUCUCCUCCUACCCAUGCAAGUCGACGCUCUUGCCACCUCUCCUCCUCCAACCUGAUGUCCCUGUGUGCUCCCCUCGUCCUCGCCCAUUUAGCAACAGCCUCGCACCUGAACGUUCAUGCUAUGUUACUGAUCUAGCCAACCAGGACACCUACACGUGCUGUCAGAUUCCUCUGUUUGCUGCUUUCGGUGACAGGAAAGCCCCGCUGAGUCCUCUGGAUAAUUUUUAUUUUGGAGGUGCUUCCUAUGGCCAUAUCAUAUUAUCAGACAACCAUCAAUCAUGUCUUGUUGUUGAUGUCUUCACAGGUGUUACUGUCUCGCCUCCACAACUACCGGUCCCGGCCGAUGUAUACAAUCAUCUCUACUAUGCUGCCCUCACGGCUCCUAUUGCAUCGCCCAACUCACACCUCCUAGUCAAUGCUGCAGGACACAAUUUCUUUUGGCCUGUUGGUAGUCACUCCUGCUUGAAACGUUCUCCUCGCAAUGGAACAAUCAAGCAGAUAGUGGUCUUAAAAGGUCAGGUCUUGGGCAUGGAUGAGGAUCGCAGACUUUUCACUGUGGACUUGGUACCCAGGAUUCGCAUGCAGAAAAUAGCAGUUGAUUGGGGAGGAGACAUGACCAGCAAAUGGCAUCUUUCCCAGAAGUGGCUAGUGGUCUGCGGUGAUAUGGUUCUCUUGGUCGGUUGCCAGGGAUGUUUUCCAUCUACAGGAGAUACCUUGGAUGCAUUCCGCCUUGACCUAUCAAGUCAACCAGCAAAGUGGGUGAAGGUGGAAAAGCUAGAGAAUUGGGCAAUCUUCAUCAGCACCGAUGAGAGAAGUCAGCCAUUGUGUUGCAUGAACCCAGAGAGAUGGGGAGGGAGGAGCAACUGCAUAUAUUUCUAUUUCCAUGAUUCUAAAGAUUGCAUCACAUUUGAGCUGGGCAAACCGCUAGAGGAAGAUACGUCCAAUCCAAGCGUCUUUAUUUUCAUAUGCUGUGGCACUAUGAUGCAGCCUAUGUGGGUUGUGCCCAGUAUGUUCUGUAACAGUUGAUGGUCUUGAUCCAUGGUCAUUGGUGUUGUCUGUAGCAUUUUUUGCUGCAAGAAUUUGUAAGAUGUUUCGACACCCUGUAGGGUGUGAACUAGCAACUUUUGAAACUUUAAGUAAACUUAUGUGGGAUCAUGUCUGCAA